AAGAAGGUGUGGAUCCCUGACAGGGCUGACGCGCCAGCUUCUAGCCUCAGCUGAAACAAAUGGCACCCGCAGAAUCGAACCAUUUCCUUGUCCUCUUUCCCUCUCUUCGUCCAUGCGACGGCGCAUCCCGCCCAUGCGAUAACGAAAAGGGUUCAAUGAUGCGAUUGCUCCCCGACAACAGCACACCAGAAGAAAAAAUUCCCGAGUUUCGUCUUGCCACGUGCUUUGGUCCCUUUCUUGCUGAACAACGAAUAUUAACGGCAUAUACAAUUGCUCAAACAAGGAUGAAUGGUAACACUACGGUACAGCCAACUGGAUCUCAAGGGGGGGCACAUCACUCCAUUCUUGGCUGAGCCACAUCCCGGCCUUGUCACAAACCCCUGACUAAACAGUUUAACGAUGGGGAUGAGAAGGGGGAAAAAGGAGGGUUUUUCUUUAUCGUAUUGCUUUGAUUUGGCCCGCUUGCCAUCUAAGGGACUCUGUUAUAACAUUCUGGCCUGGUCCGUUUCGAUAUCAUCCUCGUUCAAUGUUGACUUUACUUUUGAGGUUUUGGCAAUUCCGAGUAUACGUCCACAUCCUGUGGACAUCUCAACAUUCAACACUUUCUAUUCUCGACAUUCUUUUUCAUUGUUCAGACUGCCGGUCAGAUAACAAAAUAUUAAUUUGAUCUCAUUUUCUCUUGCUGUUAUCCUAUCGCAGGUCGACCUUGCUCUUGAACAAAUACCCUUUUCCAUCUCUUUCAGCUCUAUACAACUUAACAGCCAUGCCUAUCAUCCCCGUUCUUGAUGGCGAGCUCCUCGUCAAGAGGAUGACUGCCGACAUGCCCGAGAUUGCACACAGCACCCUGGUAAAAAGGUUAGCGGACAUGUACGGUGUCACCAAAAGUAUCCUCGGCGAGGAUCACACAAAGUUGGACGUCUUUGGAGUUAUCCUCGGUAUAACAUUUUUGAUGGGCUUGCUUUACUACUGGGGCAUCAAGAAGGACGGUGCGUGGAAAUGAUGGGUACCGUCAUUUUCUUCUCCUCUGGAGGGAGGAGGCUUCGCCCGAGUCGAUCAGACGACCAAAACCUCAGCGCGGCGAGAUACGGAUCACCAAAAAUAAACGACAGAGUCUGUUCAAUACAGAGAUAUCGUCAUAUACAAAAACCUGACUCUGAACUCGCAUCGAAUCAAACCUUCUCAUCAAUCACGACCACUCGCAGCACGAUCAACCUUUGGGAGAUAUGGCCCCUUGGUUUCAGACUGAAAUCUGGACCUCCAUGCACCGUGGUCGCUUUGGGGGA